GCCAUAUUCGAAUGGCCGCGGCAAUUUCAGCCACCUGAUCGGCACGUUGCUGUCUCGUAUUAAAAUUCCCUGUUUUCAAUUAAAUUAAUAAUUCAUCUGGCAACCGUCGAUUCCAGGAAAAGCCCACCCCGGUCGGUCCGCAUUCCGCCACAGUCUACUCCGGGCCUGGUUUUCCCAUGUCGUCCAACCGCCAUUCUCCAGUCGUCUCCACGGGCUCGGGUUGCAGAACAAAAACACACCGGAAAGGAUCGCCAUGUGAAAUUCGACCUUCGACUGUAGUCUCUUUAAAGGAAGUAAAGGGCGACGUAAAGUUUGGGCCGCCCGACAGCGUGAAGGCAGGGAAGAUGGUGGAGGCCGCCUAUCCGACCAUCUUCAGUGUCGGUUGUACGGCACAUGCGCUGGACCUGGCGCUGGAGGACAUAUACAAGGAAAUGCCUUGGAUGGAACAGGUCGUCGACGCUUGCAACAAGGUCGGCCGUUUCUUCUCGAAUGUGGACAAGGCAAGGACCUUGUUCCACCAUUACUCCCCGAAGACAAACCUGAAGCAGCCAGCAGCAACCAGAUUCGCAACCAACUUCGAGAUGCUGCAGUCGCUGAAGGAAUUGAGGAAUGCUCUUGAUCGUUGCGUGUGCGACGCGGGAUGGGUAGCCAAGAUGGUGAGGAGUGACCAGUUACUGGCAAUGCACGAGGUAACAACCAUCAUCCGCGACAAGGGCGACUUUUGGAGCAAUGUGCAGAAGGCGCUUCAUGUGAUGCCGCCAGUGGUGGAGUUGCUCCGUUUGGUGGAUGGGCAAGGAGCAACCAUCUCGAAGGUUUACUUCAAGAUGGAUCGGGUUGUGCAGGACCUGCGUGCCCUGGAAUGCUUGUUAGAGGAGGAACACAAGGCGGUGGAGCGCAUCCUCAUGCGGCGCUGGGCAUUUUCGACAUGCGAGUUACAUUGCGCUGCAGCCUUUUUGGAUCUUGAGCAUCGGAUGCACAACGCAGAUCGCGACCCAGAGGUCCGUGCGGGGUUCAACAUCUGGUUGUACUCAUGGAUGCCUCGACAUCGGCUCUACGUGGUCAGCUCCCAGGUCGACCAAUGGGUCAAUGCUUUGAGAGGGUUCUCGGCGGAGCAGGCUUGCGAACAAGCCAACCACCAACCGCCAGCUUUGUGGUGGGAGGCGUUCGGCUUGAAGCACGGCUUCCCCGCACCACAAGAGAUCAAAUUGCUUGGCCAGGCAAGCUCCUUUGCCGCUUGCAAGCAGAAUUGGAGCUUAUCUAUUGAAGGAGGCAGACGGAGUUGUUGUCAGAGAGGAUGGCGAAACUCGUCUACAUCAGCUGGAAUGUUCGGCUCCUGAGGAGGAUUCAGCGCUGCGAGGGGGAUGACACCCACAUUCCAUGGGCGGACGACGUGCCGGUGAAGAAGGAGAUGGAGGAGUGGUAUGUGUGGUGGUUGGAGCGGGUCAAUGAGGAUGUCGACCACGAGGACAUUGUGUAGGUCGACUUUGAUAAUGACUGAGACGAGAUCCCGAUGCGGAUGACUUUCGCUCAAUAACGAAGUUGACGACACGCUGAUUGAGGAGGAGGAAACUGAACUUGUUGGAACAAGGCACUGCGACUGGCACGAGUGCACAAAGCUUGGGAAGCACCGCCAACAAGAGUUGCGCAGGAGAUCUGGUUGCCAGCUGCCUGAGCCUGGAGAGUUGUACACAGAGGCAAGCUACGCUCUCCCAAUGGAAGCACGACGAGCAGGCACGUGGGUGCAGGGCCGGGACGAGGCGCCAAGAAAGAGGAGAGGGAAAGCCAAGGGCAAACAAACAGUGGUGGAUGAUGAUCCGCUCGCGCAGAGUGGGAAGAGGAAGGCUGUUUAGCAAGAACAACCACCACCGAAGAGGGGUCGUCCAACUUUGGUAGAACAGGCGGCACUCAGGGCGCAGGUGGCUGAAGAUAAGGCUGUUGCUGCAGCUGCUGCAGCAAAAGCUGCUGCUGACAAAGUUUCAAAGGUGGCUGAAGACAAGGCUGUUGCUGCAGUUGCUGCAACAAAAGUUGUUGCUGACAAAGUCGCAAAGGCCAAAGCCAGAGCGACAAUGAAAGCUGCCACAAAGA